UCCCAGCUUCCCUGCGUCUGACGUCACGACGCAGGAUCGAGAGGAGGCGAUGAGAGGAAGCUGCAAUAAACACACAGGGCGUCUGCGCCUAUCUAAAUAGGACAAUAAAGUGAAAUCGGUCUCAAUGCUCUAACAAUGGAUUUGUCACAUAUUCUACCCCUUAAAGUUUUCCUCUUCGUUUAUUUACUAAACUACACUCAAGGACACUAUAGGAAUCCCCUGAACAAGUACAUCCGACACUAUGAAGGCUUGUCCUACAACACAGAGCUUGUUCACACCAAACAUCAGAGAGCCAAAAGGGCGCUAAUUCACGAAGACAAGUUCAUCCACUUAGAUUUUCACGCUCAUGGAAGACAUUUCAAUUUACGAAUGAAAAGGGACACGUCCUUGUUUGCCCCAGAUUUACGGGUGGAUGUUUCAGGAGAAGAGGUUCCUUACGAUACCUCUCAUAUCUACACGGGUGAAAUCUAUGGUGAGAAAGGUACUCUGACUCACGGAUCCAUUGUAGAUGGUAAGUUCGAGGGUUUUAUACAAAGCUACCAUGGCACUUAUUACGUGGAGCCUGCAGAGCGAUACCUGGAGGACAAAGACGUGCCCUUCCACUCUGUCAUGUACCACGAGGAUGACAUACACUACCCACACAAGUACGGCCCAGAGGGAGGCUGUGCUGAUAGCUCCGUGUUUGAAAAGAUGAGGAAGUAUCAAGCCACUGCUGCCGAGGAGCCAGCCAAGCAGGAGCUGCACGCCGAUGCUGACUCUAAUGACCCGGUACUGCUGAGGAAGAGGAGGAUGGCCCAGGCGGAGAAAAACACCUGCCAACUUUUCAUUCAGACCGACCACCUUUUCUUCAAAUACUACAAGACCAGAGAAGCUGUUAUAGCUCAGAUCUCCAGUCAUGUCAAAGCUAUCGAUGCAAUCUAUCAGGGCACAGACUUCACAGGAAUUCGUAACAUCAGCUUCAUGGUGAAAAGGAUCAGGAUAAACACCACCAAUGACGAGAAAGACAGAUCCAACCCAUUCCGCUUUGCAAACAUCGGGGUGGAGAAGUUCCUGGAGCUGAACUCGGAGCAGAACCACGAUGACUACUGCUUGGCUUACGUUUUCACCGACAGGGAUUUUGAUGAUGGGGUACUGGGACUGGCCUGGGUGGGAGCCCCCUCAGGGAGCUCUGGAGGAAUCUGUGAGAAGAGCAAGCUGUAUUCAGAUGGAAAGAGGAAGUCUCUCAACACGGGCAUAAUCACUGUGCAGAAUUAUGCCUCCCACGUACCUCCAAAAGUCUCUCAUAUCACUUUUGCACACGAAGUAGGACACAACUUUGGCUCCCCGCAUGACUCCGGAUCCGAGUGCACCCCUGGAGAGUCCAAGAGCCAAGACAAGAAGGAGAAGGGCAAUUACAUCAUGUAUGCCAGAGCCACAUCAGGAGACAAGCUCAACAACAAUAAGUUCUCCGUCUGUAGCAUUCGCAAUAUCAGCCAGGUGCUGGAGAAAAAGAGGGGCAACUGUUUUGUUGAGUCCGGUCAGCCCAUCUGCGGUAACGGCCUGGUGGAGCCUGGGGAAGAGUGCGACUGCGGCUACAGCGAUCAGUGCAAAGACGACUGCUGUUAUGAUGCCAACCAGCCUGACAACAAGAAGUGUAAAUUAAAGCCCAACAAAGUCUGCAGCCCCAGCCAGGGUCCUUGUUGUACCCGCGGGUGCAUUUAUAAGGGUCGUAACGAGAAGUGCAGAGACGAGUCCGAGUGUGCUCACCAGGGGAUGUGUAAUGGCGUCAGCGCUCAGUGCCCCACGUCUGAGCCCAAGGCCAACUUCACCGCCUGCCACGGCGAAACUCAAGUCUGUCUCAACGGGGGCUGCUCCGGCUCCAUCUGUGAGAAGUACGGACUAGAGGCGUGCACGUGUGCCAGCCAAGAUGGAAAGGAUGAGACUGAGCUCUGCCAUGUUUGCUGCAUGGAAAAGAUGAACCCAAACACCUGCAGCAGCACUGGGUCGGAGCGCCUGGCUCGCUUCUUCAAUAAGAAAGUCACCACUCUGCCAGCCGGCUCACCCUGCAACGACUUCAAGGGUUACUGUGACGUGUUCAUGAAGUGCCGGCUGGUGGAUGCAGACGGACCGCUCGCCAGGCUAAAAAAGGCCAUCUUCAACCCAGAGCUCUAUGAGAACAUUGCAGAGUGGAUAGUGGCUCAUUGGUGGGCCGUGCUGCUGAUGGGCAUUGCCCUCAUCAUGCUCAUGGCAGGUUUCAUUAAGAUCUGCAGUGUGCACACACCGAGCAGCAAUCCUAAACUCCCCCCUCCCAAACCUCUUCCAGGCACUUUGAAGAGGCGACGAGCGCAGCAGCAUGCUAGCUCCCAGGUGCAGCACCAAUCCCAGCACCCGCAUGCCCACGGAGGCCACGGCGGCCAGCGACAAGCCCGGGGCCAGCCGCAGCGGCAGGCGCAGCCCCAGAGACACCACCGUCAGCCCAGAGAGAACUAUCAGAUGGGCCAGAUGAGACGCUGAGAUCCUGCCUCCCCCCACCCCACCACCCUCCCUAAUGCCUUGGCUCCUCCUUGUGCCUACAGUGGGAAACAAAAGCGUCACUCCAUCCAAAGAAACGCCUGACAUGGUUGUUAGUCGUCGUCAUAUCCUCCACCUGCAGACAAAACUUAGACGUGACUAAGAGUGAACACUGUCUAGCAACUGGACCGGCUCUUUGUGGAGUGGACUCGACCAUCAGCCAUUUCCAAUGCAGUGUGAUCUAGCACCGUUUUCCAUCGUCCUUUCUUUCUUUCUUUCUUUCUUUCUUUGUAUUUUAUGUUCUUUUAUUUUUUAAGGAGUGCCAAGGAGUGAAGGAAUCAUGUGUAGCUUUUAGUACAUUCUGUGAUGUGAUUUUGGUUCUGUUUCAACAUCUUUGAGUGGGUGCUGCCGGUGAGCUGUUUUGUGCUUUUCUUUUUUUCUUUCUAUCAUUUUUUGCCAUCCUAGCCAAGAAUGAGAGACUCUCAGCGAGGAUUCACGGCACUUUUAUGACGUACACAUGUCAAACGGCAAGAGACACAGGCUCUGGUGUCCCGUGCAGACAGUUUUCUGCAUGUGACUGUAAAUAUUUAGUGUAUCAUAAGUGAAAACAAACUAUUUCUUCUACUGUAAAUGUGUAAUUCUUCACUUUUUUCUUUAUUUUAUUUAAUUUUAAAUUUUUUCGGUUAGUGCUCUCAGGAUUUCUAACACAUAAAUGAAGGAGUUCCUUGGACGGUGAUGUUAAGGAUUUGACUUUCUGCAGUUCUAGUCGAAUAGAUUUCAUUUCCUGUUAUUAGACUGAUAGGUUUUGAUUUUGAGGCUCAAGGCCACCGUAUCAACACAUUUAAGCCUCUUCUGUUCAAGACUUUUCUCAUCUUUUUAUUUUAUGAUGUUUUACUAACAUCAUGUUUUGAUCAAGUUGUGUAACGAAGGAGGCGAAGACGUGGGAUCGCCAGGUUUGCCGUUCGUAUCGACUUGUUUUGGAUCAUGAAGAACGAGUAACCACUAACCGAAGCUAAAAUCUCACAGAGACGAGAGAAAGUGAAGGCUGAUGUGGAGUAGUGUAGAAACAAGAGUGUAUUAUGUUGGUUUACAUGAGUGUGGAGAUGAAUUUUAAAAAUAACAACAAAAAAAACCAAAACAAUUGUGACUAAGUCAUUUUAUUAAAACUUUUCAUUGUGGGCAUGCGGACAAAUUUACUAAACGGACUGAGGUCUGUGAUCUUUGUAAUCCACUCUGCAGUUUUUACUUUUAUCUCAUAAGCAGCAGGAUUACUAGAGGCUGCUUUGAUUUGUGACGUCACGAUUUUAUAACGCCUGCUGCCGUCUCUUGUCACACCCACUGAAGACCGAGUCCCCUAAAGAGCUCAUGACUUUACGUCCAUGUGACUGUGUGUGUGUGUGUGUGCAGGUUUUCUGACACAGGAAGUACCUGGGAGGUUUCUGAAGUCUUAAGUGAACAAAUGGGAAGUUUGUGUGUGUGUGUAUGAGACCUCGGGUGUUUUCUGUCACCAUUUACUGCAACAAAUGGUUGUUUUGUACAAUAAGCUGCAGGAUGCCAUACUGUGACGAGGAGGAAAAAGUGAAAUAACAGUUUUGCAUCAAAUGUUUUUCAGAUGAAGGUUUUCUUUGCUAUGACUUUAUUUAAUCCUGACACUACUUACUUUUAAAUGCAUGCUUGUUACACAGGUCUAAGUCACACGUGCUCUAGAGGGGAGUCAGCAGGUGGAUUUGGGAAUGCUGUUAUUCUCAUGCCUGUACAAAACAUCUAUUUCAAUUCCAUCUCCCAGGUCAGAAUUUUACCUGUAAACUUGUACAGUACUUGGAAAAGAGAUUUCAUUUAAUUUGAAAAACUACAUUUUGAUACAUCUGUUUGUUUUUCUAAUUCAGAGUAACUUGUUCAUACGUGACAGGGUUCCCUCUCUAAGUUAUUUAUGUUCUAUGUGCUAAUUGAUCUGCAGUUUGCUCAUUUUCACUUCCAUCAUCAAUGGGGAAAAAUGUUUGAUUCAGUGUGAUGGAUUUAAUGUUACAUCCUCAUUUUUUCUGUCUUUCUUAUCCCGUGGCAUGGUUUGGGUAGACGAGCAGAAGAAAAAUGCCUGUAAAUUUACUUUCUUUUUAAUUUCACGGUCUUGGUAAAAAAAAAAGAAAACUUUUUUUUUAGGUAAACGUGCACUGAACAUGUCCAAAUUGAGUUGAAAUGUUGUAGGUGAUGUAGGCCGUAAGAACACAAGAUUAAAAAGUUAAAAACUACUGUCUGAUUUUAAUGUUCACUGUGUUUUAUACAGUACUCGAAAUUUUUUGUUCACUUUGAACAUUUUUACUAAAAAACGUUUCAAAUUGUAUUGUGCAAAGAGAUGUAAUUUUUGGAGUACUUGAAAUGCAUUAAUUAAAAGACUCAUUCAAAAAUCAAA